GUCCCACGUGGGUCCAAAACUCUAAUAAAUACAUUUCCUCCCCAAUCUCGAAAAGCUGUUGGGUGUUCCUUGCUGUAAAUCUCACUGCCAGAGCCUUGGGCUGCUAAGAGCAGAAGCCGACUGCACGAUGCUGAGCUCGGGUCUUCCCCCCGUUUUCCUGGUGCUCACAGUGCUGGAGCUGAGCUGGUCCCUGAGUGAGGAAGAAAAGAAGAUAAUCCUGGAUGAGCAUAAUAGAUACCGCUCCCAGGUCUCUCCUCCUGCCAGGGCUAUGAUGAAGUUGACCUGGGACACCGAGCUGGAGGCUGAUGCUCAAUCCCAUGCAGAGAAGUGCAUCUGGGAGGACGAGGAGAGUGGCGGACACAAGGAAAACCUCUUUGCUAUGGCCCCAGCCCUGGACCUCAAACAUGCUGUGGCAGAAUGGAACGGGGAGAGGAAAUUCUACAACUUAUUAACAUCCACAUGUCUCCCUGGGCAGAUGUGUGGCAACUACAAACAGGUGGUCUGGGCAGACACGGAACACAUUGGCUGUGGGGCAAAGCUUUGUGAGAAGAUCGAAGGAAAGGAAACAGAGAACAUGCACCUGCUGGUUUGCAAGUAUUUUCCCCGGGGUAAUGGGAGUAUCCGAAAGCCCUACUGGAAAGGACCCCCGUGCUCAAUGUGUCCCAAGGGCACAGUCUGUGUGAACAACCUGUGUGAACGGGAGACAGAUCAGCCCACGACUGGAGCCGCCAGUACCUGCUCGGGGCUUUCACUCUUCCUCCUCCCCAGUGCCAUCCUGGUGGGCCUUCUGCUUUGAAUGGUCUUUCUCAGCUCUCCCUGCUCCAGUCACCAAGGCUUUCUUCAGCACUGGUUGUUCCACAACCCUGCUGGGCUCAGGAGACCCCUCAGACAGUUUGGGCUGACACCUCCCUUCUUACGCUGCCUUAUCUGCUCCAGCCCUGGCGAGCCUUCCUGAGGAGACUAAGGGCAGGAGGGUGUCUGCCAUAACACUGGUGACAUUGGACACUUCUCCUUUCUUCCUGGCCAGCCUGGGCUUCUGUUCCAUUUGCAAGGUGGGAGUGGUGAGCUGUCCCCCAGCCGUGUGGCCGGCAGGCCCCGCCGCACCGUGUCCCCAGGGACAGCAGGAUGGCUUGGAAACCCAAGUGGCAACAAGACAUGGUAGUUGGCUUUAGUGUUUUUUCAGGACGAGCCUCCAGCAACAAUGCUCUCUUCCCCUCUCCAUAUGUCUGUUUGUCUCAGAUUUGGGCAAGUUUCAUCUCUUUCCCUUUUUGUCCAGUAAGAAUCCAAUAUGAGGAUUUCUAUUUCCCUCCUGGUUCUGGUGUAACUUUGGCCAAUACUACCCAGAUAUUCUCCCUGCUGCUCCUCACACCCUUGCAGCCCUUGCCUCCUCCCUCUCUCCUGUCUCUGCCCCAUGUCCCACUCCUCAGUUAUUGCCAUUAUCCAUUGCCACAGCUUUAUUUUACACCUGUGCCUUCACCUUUGUGCACGCACAGAAGAGAAACCUUAAGCCCUGAGAGGAGCCACCAUCUCCUUUGCACAGCUUUCCCUUGCAAGGCUUCCUUUCUUCUUUCUUCUUUGUAUAACUGAAGUGUAAUUCAAUUUAAAUACAGA